GAAGCUGUUCGCAAGAGUACAUUUGCAUUUAUUAAUUCCGAAGAACUGCUGGAAUUCCCUCGCUUGUUCAGUCAUAAGGUUGUCUUCAUCGGUGGCAUUGCUGUGAAUACACCGAAACCAUUGAACAAGGUUGACAGUUUGAAAAUUUCCUCACAUCAAACUCAAGCAACUAAAUACGUAUGCACCAUACAUGAACCGAUUUUGUUGUGGAGAACUAUUUUUGUUUGGUAUGGCUAA